GUAGCAAGCGGCCGCCCAAAGCUGCCGGAAUCGGCAAAAUUCGCCGGAGCAAAGUGUUUUCACGUAUUCUCAUACUCAUAAAUGAGAAUUUUAUAUUCGAUUAUUGGCAAUGCAUUUGCUCGCGCGGGAGAAUGACGGUGUAUAAAAAUUUAAUUACAGUUUCCUUUAUUUUAAAUGUUUAAAGUGUGCGGGCACAAAAAAAAAAAAUUAAUAAUAUAAAAAGAUAAAUAAUUAAAAAGAAGUGCGUUACUGAUUAGACAGUGUUUACGUCACAGUAUAAAUCGUUGUGAAAUGAAUAAGCAGUUGUAUUUGUUGUUGGGUGUAAACAAAUUGCUUUAGGAAUAAAUCAAUAGCCAAGGUGCAUUGUUGUGUUUGUUGUUGACUUUGUAAGCGAUAUAAAAUUUGGUUGCAAGCAGACAUUUCCGUGAGAAUGGACUCACCAACACCGCCAAUUGUAAUCGACGAUCCAAACGGCUCAGCAAUGGAUGCUUGUUUUACCGCUUUCGAUAAAGACGGUGAUGACCGUCUGAAUUUGGCUGAAUUUACAUUAAUCUGUCGUGCAUUAUUCCGAAACGAUAAGGGGCAUAUUUACGAUGUGCCAGCUGAUCGGCUGCAGCAGAUUUUCGAAGUAUUCGAUACGGACGGCGAUGGCUACAUUGACAGAGAGGAAUUUAAAUUCUGCUGGAAUCGUUGGAUUAAAACAAUUGUGCGACCGGUGAACGCUUUCCUCAUUGUUGAUGUACAAAAUGAUUUUAUAAGUGGAUCCUUGGAUAUAAGUAAUUGCAGUGCACAGCAAAAAGGACAUGAGAUUUUGGAGCCCAUCAACAACUUGUUGGAUACGGUGGAAUUUGAUGCCAUUUUCUACUCUCUGGAUUGGCAUCCAAGCGAUCACGUUUCGUUUAUUGAUAAUGUGAAAAUGCGACCCAUGGAUGAGUCGUCGCCGGUCGACGCAGACUCCGCGCAAGUUUUCGAUACAGUUAUCUUUGCCGGCCCACCGCCGAUGAAACAACGUUUAUGGCCACGCCACUGUGUACAGGAUUCAUGGGGUGCCGAGUUGCAUAAAGAUUUAAAAGUGGUGGAUAACGGUAUAAAAAUUUAUAAAGGCACAAACCCCGAAGUCGACUCGUAUUCCGUUUUCUGGGACAAUAAAAAGCUCUCUGAUACAACACUGAAUGCCCAGCUGAAGAUGAAGUGCACAACGGAUAUUUAUGUGUGUGGACUGGCAUAUGAUGUGUGUGUGGGGGCAACCGCUGUCGACGCCUUGUCUGUUGGCUAUCGUACCAUUUUAAUUGACGACUGUUGUCGCGGCACCGAUUUCCACGAUAUCGAACACACCAAAGAGAAGGUGAUAAGCAAUCAUGGUGUGGUUGUGCACUCGAAUGAGGUGCGUGGCAUGAUCGAAGGCCGCGAUCGACGUCCAGAGCUUGGUUACAAGCUAGCAAUGGAACUAAAGAAUCCCGACUCGGCACUUUCACAGCGCAAUGGCAUACGUCCAGUUGAUUAAAUGGCGUUUAGAUGUUCAUUGAUAGCAAAAGACCGCCGAGUUAUAAAUACAACAAUAACGCAAUUAUUCCAGUAUCCUACGAAAACGCUUAAUAAACGGCUUUACGUAUAUGCACCAGGAACAUACACACAUACAUAUAUUCUAAUGGCUAAUAAAAGAAAGUUAGUAGAAAAAAAGUUAACGAGUUCAAGAAUCCAACUCAAGUUCCUAUGAGGUAGAAUACUUAAAUGACAAAACAAAUCCGAAUAUUUAGUAGCUGCUAAGCUUUUAAUGAAAUAUGUUACUUAAUUUAUUUUAAUUUAUAACAAACAAAUAAAAAGCGUAAUUUAAAUUAUACAAAAUAAGAAUAAAAAUAUACUUAGUAACAUUGUUAAUGCAGUUGAGUGAAAAUUUAAAAUCUAUCGCACGUGAUAUUACAAAUGUAGCGCUUACAUUUACACAACAUAUAAUCCCUUCAUAUCAAAAAAAGGAAAAAAUAUAUAAUAUAUAUGUGUAUAUUAGGGUA